AUGAAAAAUAGAACAUCCGUAACAGAUUUCAUCCUCCUUGGCUUGACUGAUAACUCGAAACUACAGCUUCUGAUUUUCUUUUUUUUACUUAUCACUUAUGCACUGAGUGUUUCUGGAAAUCUCACUAUUAUUAUUCUUACCCUGUUAGAUUCUCAUCUGAAGACACCUAUGUAUUUUUUCCUUAGGAAUUUCUCCUUGUUAGAAAUUUCCUUUACAUCUGUUUGUAAUCCUAGAUUUAUGAUGAGUAUUGUAACUGGAGACAAAUCUAUUUCCUACAAUGCUUGUGUGGUUCAAUUAUUUUUCUUUAUCCUUCUGGGUGCAACAGAGUUUUUUCUUCUGGCCUCUAUGUCCUAUGAUCGUUAUGUGGCAAUAUGCAAACCUCUACACUAUACAACCAUCAUGAGUAACAAGAUCUGUCACCAAUUGGUAAUCUCUUCUUGGCUGGCUGGAUUUUUGGUGAUCUUUCCACCACUGAUCAUGGGUUUAGACCUGGAUUUCUGUGAUUCUAAUAUUGUUGACCACUUUACCUGUGAUUCUGCUCCUUUGCUGCAAAUUUCUUGCACAGACACAAGUACUUUAGAGCUCAUGAGCUUCAUAUUAGCUGUACUAACUCUUUUGACCACGUUGACGUUAGUAAUUCUCUCCUACUCUUACAUCCUCAGAACAAUUCUGAGAAUCCCGUCAGCUCAACAAAGAAAAAAGGCCUUCUCAACCUGCUCCUCCCAUAUGAUUGUGGUCUCCAUCUCCUAUGGAAGUUGCAUCUUUAUGUAUGUCAAAACAUCAGCAAAAGAAGGAGUUGCUUUGAGAAAGGGAGUAGCUAUGCUCAAUACCUCUGUUGCCCCCAUGCUAAAUCCCUUUAUUUACACAUUAAGGAAUCAGCAGGUGAAACAAGCCUUUAAAGAUGUUGUGCAAAGGUUACUUUCCUCAAAAACAUUGAUCUGA